AUGAAGCUUUCAGAGAAGAUCGCGUCGUAUACAUCCUCAAGGCCGUUCUAUACCUUUGAGUUCUUCCCUCCAAGAACGGACCAAGGAUUCGAGAACUUGGUUCCUCGUAUAACUCGAAUGGCCGGUCUGAAUCCCCUCGCCGUCAGUGUUACUUGGGGCGCAGGAGGAUCGACCAAAGAUAGGAGCCUCGAGUUGGCUGGAAUAGUCCAGCGGGAACACUGCGUCGAUACCAUUCUCCAUCUGACAUGUACGAAUAUGGAGAAGGGACUGGUAGACGAAGCUUUGAGGGCAGCCAAAGACCGGGGGAUCCAGAAUAUCCUUGCCCUGCGCGGCGACCCACCCAGAGGAGAAGAAGAUUGGAUCGCUACCGACGACAGGUUCACCAAUGGCAAAAAUCUAGUAUCUUACAUACGCUCGACACCCGAAUUUGCCUCUGACUUUGCCAUCGGCGUAGCUGCAUACCCGGACGGGCACCCAGAAUCCAGUCUCACUGAAGAGGAGGAAAUUGCUAACCUCAAGGACAAAGUUGACUCAGGGGCUGAUUUUAUCAUCACCCAACUCUUCUACGACGUAGACGGAUUCCUACGAUGGCUUCAAAAAGUUAGAGAUGCUGGAAUUACCGUUCCCGUCAUUCCUGGAAUAAUGCCGAUCCAAACCUACGCCUCCUUCCAGAGAUUAAUCAAACUCUGUGGAAGUAGGGUGCCGCCCAGUAUAAUGGCAGAACUAGAGCCCAUCUCCAAUGACGACCAGAGGGUUAAGAACUACGGCGUGUCCCUGGCUGUCAGCAUGCUUCGCAAGCUCUCAGCCUCUGGCAUCAAAGGGUUUCACUUCUGUACCUUGAACCUUGAGAAGAGCAUUCAGCGGGUUCUGGAAACGUUGAAAUGGACCGGACCCUCUACCUUAGAACAGAACAAGCUCAUCGUCGAUUCAGAAUUGACUGUCAGCCCACAUAAUGCGACGGGCUCCGCGAAAAUGCAUCUAAUGAAUCUACCUGAAGUCGAAGGUGAGGCUGGCAAAGGGGAGCUCAACAACGCCGCCACAUGGGACGACUUCCCCAACGGCCGGUUUGGCGACUUCAAAAGUCCAGCCUACGGUGAUCAAGGUCCUUGGGGAGGCCUCUUGAUCUCGCGUAAUGAAGCAUUGAUUCAAUGGGGGCGUCCGAAGAGUGUCCAGGACCUGACGAAGCUCUUCGUGGAUCACUUGCACGGGCGCAGGGCUUCAACUCCUUUCUCCCGUGGGCCGCUUAUCCCGGAAUCGCAGAUGAUUCUACCUCAACUCGAACGAUUGAACGAGAGAGAGUGGUGGACUGUUGGUUCUCAGCCUGCUGUGGAUGGUAUAGACUCGGGCGACCCCGUAAUCGGCUGGGGGCCGCGUAGUGGCUACGUCUUCCAAAAAGGCUUCGUGGAAUUCUUUUGCGAGACCAAAGACGUGGACGAACUUGAAAAGCGACUGGAUAUACACGGGAAAGGAUGGGUACACUUGAUUGCUAGCAACUAUAAGGGAGAAAUUAGAACCAACAUACCUGAAGGUGCACGAAAUGCGGUGACGUGGGGUGUGUUCCCUGGGCAGGAGAUCGUCCAGUCUACCAUCAUAGAGCAGGCCUCGUUCUUGAACUGGAAGGAGGAAGCAUUCGCAAUCUGGUCAGAAUGGUCGUCAUUUUACCGUCCGGGGUCAGAAGAGCGAAAGCUCCUUGAAAACAUCAGGGAUACACGAUGGCUCGUAAGCAUCGUCCAUCACGAUUACAAAAAGGCGGACGCCCUCUGGCAAUUCCUAUUUGAUGGCCAGUGA